CAGGUUCUAGAGUCACAAGAGAUAUCAUCCACUUUCUUCGUCGUCUUCUUCUUCUUCUUCUUUUCUUUUUCAGCUGGAACAUCGUACCUUGCUUCUGCUGCAUCCAUGGAUUGUUUGGUGAUGCCGGUUUCAUUGAUCCGGCGUCGUUCCACUGGUUCUCGUUUGCGUUACAUGGCGCUUCCUAAAGAGGGGUUGUUGGAGGAAGAAUCGGAGAAGAGCGUGACGGUGGUGGUCGGAAAAGAGAAGAGGGUGUUUAUGGUGGAGCCUUUCAUAUUGCAAGAGAGCCCCUUUCGCGUUUUGAUGGAUAUAUCCAUGAAGAAGGACCCUGCGGCGGAGAAGAAGCACUUCCAUUUCACGUCUUCUCAAAGAAGAGUAAUCUUUGUCGAUGUGGAUGACAUUUUGUUCGAGCACAUGUUGUGGCUCAUGCACAAUGAUGCUUCUUCGUUGUUCCAGCUCAAUCUGAAGGAGAUUAUUGACUUCUAUACUCACGAUCUCUGAAUCUCUGUAAUCAAUCACUCAUCAUCUUAAUCACACACUGCCUUUAUCUUUCAUCGCACCACAGCUACUAUACUAUGUUUGUAAAUUUCAGAUACGGGAAAAAUACAGUUUCUAAUGCAUACUAUGUGGUUGAUACGCGAUCCAUGGUUAAUUGUUCCACACCCCACCUUGUUAUUUUGUGUUGAUUGAGACAAAAGAAAUUCCUUUUACAGAA